GGAAGUGUCGUUGAAUGCCAUGCGCUUGAUGCCGCUCAGGCGCGAGAGUCGAGCAGGAAGCUGACCGCGAGCGGGGGGGGGGGGGGCGUGGAACCUUGUCUGGCGGACCCGAGGACGAGCACACGCCGCGGAGCACCAUGGCGACGCAAGGACCGGAGUCCGCCCGCUCUCCGACCCUCGCUUCCCAGCACGGAUCCCCGCCGUCCGGCCCGAGCCUCAGCAACGGCCCCGCGCCGCCCAACCGGGGCUUGGAGCGGGCGCUGGAGGAGGGGGCGGGCAGCGGGGCCAUCAACCUCAGCGCCCGGAAACUGAAGGAGUUCCCCCGGACCGCCGCCACCCACGACCUGAGCGACACGGUGCAGGCAGACUUGUCCAGGAACCGCCUGGCCGAGGUCCCGUCGGAGGUCUGCCACCUGGUGGCCUUGGAGACGCUGAACCUUUACCACAACUGCAUCAGGACCAUCCCCGACAGCAUCAUCAGCCUGCAGUCGCUCACCUCGCUAAACCUCAGUCGCAACCAGCUGGGCGCGCUGCCCGCCUGCCUGUGCACGCUGCCGCUGAGGGUCCUCAACGCCAGCAACAACAAGCUGGUGAGCCUCCCUGAGAGUGUGGGCCAGCUGCAGGGCCUCAUGGAGCUGGACAUCAGCUGUAACGAGAUCACCGCUCUUCCUCGACACAUCGGCCGCCUGCGAGCGCUGCGCGAACUCAACGUGCGGCGAAAUCUCCUCUGCGUCCUUCCAGAAGACCUGGCCCACCUUCCUCUGGUCAAGUUGGACUUCUCGUGCAACAAGGUGUCCACCAUCCCUGUGGGCUACAGGAAGAUGAGGCAGCUUCAGGCCCUGCGGCUGGAGAACAACCCGCUGCAGAGCCCCCCGGCACAGAUCUGCCUGAAGGGCAAAGUGCACAUCUUCAAGUAUCUCAGCAUGGAGGCGUGUCGCAGCGAGAAGAUGGCCGACGCCCUCUACCUGCCCGUCUUGGAGCGCCUCAGCCUGUCGCGUCCUGUCCUGGGCAGUGUGGAGGACAUGGAGCAGCAGCGCAAGCAGGACAGCGACUCGGGAGUCGGCAGCGACAUCGGGGACAAGAGGCUGUCUGCGACGGAGCCGUCUGACGAGGACAGCCAGAGUGUCAACGUGCCCAUGAGCAACAUCAGGGAGGAGGACGGACUGAGUAAGGACGACUCCAGCGAACACAUCAGCUCCCUGACAGAUUCCAACUCGGAGCCGGUCCGCCUGACGGAGGAGAGUCCCACGGAGGCGCUGAAGGAGCAGCUGGCCUACAGAGACCCUCGCUUCAUCAGCUACAUCAAGGGCCGGCGGGCGGUGGAGUUCGAGGAGCCGCUCCGGAUAGACGAGGACUCGCACUGGACGACGGAGCAACGCCAGAGGCCAAAGGCGGGCUCCACGUUGGAGGCGGGGCUCCACAUGGACAUGAUCCAGCAGCUGCAGGAGGCCGUGGAACUGCUGCAGGACCCCGGCAGAAUAAGCUCGGAGCAAGACGAGCUGUGUGGAGUCCAGCUGUACCCCGUGGGCAUGGUCACUGUGGACGAGUCGGUCAACGGGCAGGACAGCGAUGACGGCCCCACAACACCAAAGCAACGGGACCGGUGCCCGGGCGGAAUCCCUGCCGUCUCCAGCUCGCCCUUUGGCCUGAAACCUCGCUCAGCCCCGCCCUCGCUGCCUUGCUCGCCCCCGCCCUCCCCCUUCCUUCUCUCGCAGGCCCCGCCCCUCCUCAGGGAUUUGCGCCGUAGCCGCGAUGCCGGAGGCGCACUGGACCGCGUGUUCCUGCGGAGCCACAAGAGUCUGGAGACGGUGGACCCUCAGUUCACCAUGAGGAGGAAGAUGGAGCAGCUCCGAGAGGAACUGGAGCUGAUGGAGCAGCUGAGAGACAGCAUCGAGAGCCGCCUGAAGGUGGUUCUCCCUGACGACCUGGGCACCUCGCUGAUGGACGGCGUGGUGCUCUGCCACCUGGCCAACCACAUCCGCCCGCGCUCCGUGGCCAGCAUCCACGUUCCCUCGCCCGCGGUGCCCAAACUCAGCAUGGCCAAGUGUCGCAGGAACGUGGAGAACUUCCUGGACGCCUGCAGGAAGAUCGGCGUGGCCGAGUCCCUGCUCUGCUCCCCCUAUGACAUCACCCAGCGCCGCCUGCCUGCGGUGUGUGCCACCGUUGGGACGCUGGUGGGCUUGGACACGGCGGCGGACAGGAAACGGGAGGAGGGGAUCUUGACUGGCCCCGCCCUCCCCGCGGAGGCUCGCUCAUUGGUCGCUGCGACCACUCAGACCCCGCCCCCGUCCUGGCAAGCGUGGGACCUGAUUGGCAGCAGCCUGGUUCACAUCCUCUGCCUCUUGCUGCUGUUUUCCGUCUACGUUUGGAGCGAGCUGACGUAACCGUGACGACGCUUUCGCCGGGGCCCCUCCCUCCUGAGGCUAAGGCUCCUCCCCCUUGUUUUGGUUCAUUCCUAGUCUUGUGUUGGCAAACAAACCUUCCAAAUGUUGGAGAAGGCUGCAGGAUAGUAUGGCACAAGCUGCCUCGGAGGAGGCGGAGCCUCCAAUGGUGGUUCCCUCCGUGCAGAGACAUAAGAAAGAUGAUGUCAUACUUUAUUUACAAGCUUUAAGUUAGUAUUUUAAUGUUUGAGGCUGUAAUUAUUUCCCAACUUUAUAACCAUUGAGUUGCCAACUGCCAGAACAAUAAAAAGGGACUCAGUUGUUUAAAAUAUUGACAUUAAUAUUGCAAUAUUUUCAGUGUAAAAUAAGCGUAAUAAUCAGUUCCUCCAGGAAUUUGUCAGGAUCGCACUUUCGUUCAACCUCCUCACAUAUUUGGGCCAAUCAGCGGGAUAUUUUCUCAUGGAAUGUCAACACUUUGAUCUUAUGUUCGGGUCUUGUGAGGACAAACAACAACUACAUACCAACUAUUUGUUGCUCAAACAACAACAACUUACCAACUAUUUAUGGCUCAAACAACAAUAUACCAACUAUUUAUUGCUCAAACAACAACAACAUACCAACUAUUUAUUGCUCAAACAACAACUACAUGCCAACUAUUUAUUGCUCAAACAACAACAAUAUACCAACUAUUUGUUGCUCAAACAACAACAACAUACCAACUAUUUGUUGCUCAAAUAACAACAACUUACCAACUAUUUAUGGCUCAAACAACAAUAUACCAACUAUUUAUUGCUCAAACAACAAUAUAUCAACUAUUUAUUGCUCAAACAACAACAACAUACCAACUAUGUGUUGCUCAAACAACAACAAUAUAUCAACUAUUGCUCAAACAACAAUAUGCCAACUAUUUAUUGCUCAAACAACAACAAUAUACCAACUAUUGCUCAAACAACAAUACACCAACUAUUUUGUUGCUCAAACAACAACAAUAUACCAACUAUUGCUCAAACAACAUACCAACUAUUAAGUGCUCAAACAACAACUAUAUACCAACUAUCUAUUGCUCGAAUAACAAUAGAUCAACUAUUUAUUGCUCAAACAACAACAUACCAACUAUUUAGUGCUCAAACAACAACAACAUACCAACUAUUUAUUGCUCAAACAACAACAAUAUACCAACUAUUUAUUGCUCAAACAACUAUAUACCAACUAUCUAUUGCUCGAUUAACAAUAGAUCAACUAUUUAUUGCUCGAACAACAACAAUAUAUCAACUAUUUAUUGCUCAAACAAUAACAAUAUAGCAACUAUUUAUUGAUCAAACAACAACAUUAUUCCAACUAUUUAUUGCUCAAACAAUAACAAUAUAGCAACUAUUUAUUGAUCAAACAACAACAUUAUUCCAACUAUUUAUUGCUCAAACAACAAGUAGAUAUCAAAUAUGUGUAGCUCAAACAACAAUAUACCAACUAUUGCUCAAACAACAAGAAUAUACCAACUAUUUGUUGCUCAAACUACAACAAUAUAUCAACUAUUGCUCAAACAACAACAUACCAACUAUUUAUUCCUCAAACUACAGCAAUAUGCCAUCUAUUUAUUGCUCAAACAACAACAACAUACCAACAAUUUAUUGCUCAAACAACAACAUACCAACUAUUGCUCAAACAACAACAACAUACCAACUAUUAAGUGCUCAAACAACAACAAUAUACCAACUAUUUAUUGCUCAAACAACAAUAGAUCAACUAUUUAUUGCUCGAACAACAACAAUAUAUCAACUAUUUAUUGCUCGAACAACAACAUUAUUCAAUCAAUCAAUCAAUGUUUACUUAUAUAGCCCUAAAUCACUAGUGUCUCAAAGGGCUGCACAAACCACUACGACAUCCUUGGUAAGCCCACAUGAGGGCAAGGAAAACUCACACCCAGUGGGACGUCGGUAUUCCAACUAUUUAUUGCUCAAACAAUAACAAUAUGGCAACUAUUGCUCAAACAACAAUAUACCAACUAUUGCUCAAACAACAACUAGAUAUCCAAUAUUUGUAGCUCAAACAACAACAAUAUAUCAACUAUUGCUCAAACAACAAUAUACCAACUAUUGCUCAAACAACAAUAUACCAACUAUUUGUUGUUCAAACAACAAUAUAUCAGUAAUUGCUCAAACAACAACAAUAAACCAAAUAUUUAUUGCUCAAACAACAAUAAAUCAACUAUUUAUUGUUCGAACAACAACAAUAUAUCAAGUAUUGCUCGGACUACAACAUUAUACCAACUAUUUAUUGCUCUAACAACAACAAUAUAUCAACUAUUUAUUGCUUGAACAACAACAAUAUACCAACUAUUGCUCAAACAACAAUAUAUCAACUAUUUAUUGCUCUAACAACAACUAUAUAUCAACUAUUUAUUGCUUGAACAACAACAAUAUACCAACUGUUGCUCAAACAACAAUAUAAUAACUAUUGCUCAAACAACAAUAUACCAACAAUUACUCAAACAACAAUAUACCAACUAUUUGUUGCUCAUACAACAAUAUACAAACUAUUGCUCAAACAAUAACAAUAUACCAACUAUUGCUCAAACAACAACAAUAUACCAACUAUUUAUUGCUCAAACAAAAACAAUAUAUCAACUAUUCAUUUCUCAAACAACAACAAUAUAUCAACUAUUUAUUGCUCAAACAACAUUAAUAUACCAACUAUUUAUUGCUCAAACAACAAUAUAUCAACUAUUUAUUGCUUGAACAACAACAAUAUACCAACUAUUGCUCAAACAACAAUAUAAUAACUAUUGCUCAAACAACAACAAUAUAUCAACUAUUUAUUGCUCUAACAACAACUAUAUAUCAACUAUUUAUUGCUUGAACAACAACAAUAUACCAACCAUUUGCUCAAACAACAAUAUAACAACUAUUGCUCAAACAACAAUAUAUCAACUAUUUAUUGCUCUAACAACAACUAUAUAUCAACUAUUUAUUGCUUGAACAACAACAAUAUACCAACUAUUGCUCAAACAACAAUAUAAUAACUAUUGCUCAAACAACAACAUUAUACCAACAAUUGCUCAAACAACAAUAUACCAACUAUUUGUUGCUCAUACAACAACAAUAUACCAACUAUUGCUCAAACAAUAACAAUAUACCAACUAUUGCUCAAACAACAACAAUAUACCAACUAUUUAUUGCUCAAACAACAACAAUAUAUCAACUAUUUAUUGCUCAAACAACAUUAAUAUAUCAACUAUUUAUUGCUCAGACAACAACAACAUAUCAACUAUUUAUUGCUCAAACGGCACAACUGCCUUUUCUACGUGUACCUGACCGACUUCCGGUUCCUGUCUACGACGCUGAGACUUCUGGGUAAUGUGGAAACUUUUAAACACUUAACCACAGCCAAGGUCCUAGUUGUCAUGUAUAUAUAUACUGCAUAUUAUUCAAGCUUUAUUCAUCUAGGGUAAGACAAAUAAUAACACAUUAAUUAAACAAGAUUUUGUUAGGUAAGGCGACAGAAGGUAUAGCACAAUAAGGCUUUGAGUCUGAUUAUGCGGUGGAGUGUGUAUGCUACUAUGGAAGCAGGACUACGUGAAGCGUUAGCAAGGAAAUGUUAGCAGGAGUUGUAGGAGCGUGUUGAAUCAAGCAUAGAGAGUCCAUUAGGGCGAGGCUGGUGGAAGGUCCGUGAGAUAGGCACAAGGCUGGAGAGAGGCGUCAGAGUCCGUGUCUGAGCGAGAACUCGUUAUCCAGGAAGCCAGUCAAGAUCCAGAGGCAUGUCCAGUGGUGCUCUCCGCACUUCGUGCUGGGGAAUGAACGAUGGUAUGUACACGGGCCGUAACAGUACCCCCUUCCUUAUGCGAGGCUCUCGACAAGCAGCGGGUAGAACUCCUCUAACAGGGAGGGGUCAGCAAAGUAGGAGGACGGUACCCAAGAUUGGCCCUCCGGUCCAUACCCCUUUCAGUCGAUUAGGUAUACCUACCCCCUAACCUACCGACGGACCCUGUGGAUCUCCUUUACAGUCCAAACAGGGUCAUGACUUCCGAGGAGCCUAGGAGAAGGGGGCCAGGGGGAGAGAGAGGGCGGUCUGCCACAGGUUGGAGCUGGGAUACAUGGAAAACAGGAUGCCUCUUCAUAGAAGGCGGGAGAGACAAUCUUACGGAGGCAGGAUUUAAUAUGGCCUCCAGAAUAUAGCCCGAAAUAGCGAGGUGCCAAUUUCCGCAGGGUACCUGAAAGUGGAGGUCCAUGGCCCGUAACAUCACCUGUUGUCUAGGCUGCCUUUGGCACUGCUGCGCAUCCUUUCAGAGGCUUUCAUAAGGGCAGCACGGGCGGUCCUCCAAACACUAUGACGUUUGAUGUGGGCUUGGGUGGACGGGACUGCCGUUUCGACCUCCUGUCAGGAAAACAUUGGGGGUUGAUAGCCCAGGGAACAUUCAAAGGGGGACAUAAGAGUAGCUGAACUCUUCAUAGCGUUGUACGCAUACUCAACUCAAGGCAAGUACUUUCUCCAGGAGGCAGGCUGGCGGGCAGCAACGCAACACAGCAGCACAACGCAGCAUUGGUUUGCCUUUUCCGCUUGCCCGCCCUGGAGGUGAUACCAUGAGGCGAGGCUGACCGUAGCCCUAAACCCCUUGCAGAAGGCCUGCCACACCCGGUAAGUGAACUGGGGGCCAAAAUCCGAGACGAUAUCCACCAGGAUACCAUGUUGUUUGAAUACAUGCAGGUCGAGGAGAUCAGCAGUUUCGUCAGAGGAGGGAAGCUUGGGAAGGGGAACAAAAUGUGCAACCUUGGAAAAUCGGUCGACUAUGGUUAGGUUACUAAAGUCCAAAGCAAUGUAGGACCAAAGACGGCCGGGGACAGGUAAGGGGCACAGGAUCCCCGCCGGCGGCCAGUGGGAAGCCUUAUUACAGGAGCAUGUGGUGCAAGCGGCGAUGAACUCAUGGAUGUCGUAUGCCAUUGACGGCCAACAGAACCGUCGCCGGAUGAAGAAUAGAGAGCGUUGGAACCGCAGAUGGCAGGAGAAGAUGCUGGAAUGGCCCCAGUCCAGCAUCAGGGUACAAACAGAUUGUUUGUACCCCUGUUGAGGUCCGCCGCCUGGUCUCGGGUUAAAGCGCAGGGCGGUCCUUAUCUGGUCCUCUACUUCCCAGGUGACCAUGCCCACUAUCCGGGCAAGACAAAGGAUGGGUUCCGCCGUUGGCGUGCAGGUGGGCUAUUCCAUGAACUGCUGGGAGAGGGCAUUAGCCUUCGUGUUGCAGGAGCCUGGCUUUAAGCGAGACAGUGUAAUCAAAAUGGCUGAAAAAUUGGGCCGAAUGAGCCUGACGCUCGUUACGCUUCCUGGCAGAACGGAUAUCGAGCAGGUUGCGGUGGUCCUUCAAGAUUUGGAACUUGUGUCUGGCUCCCUCCAGCCAGCAACUCUCUAUUACGGAGAGAGGCGCCUGGAGAAGAAUGCACAUGGGAGAGCACCGCUGGGAGAGCACCGCCCCAAUCCCUGAAUCCGACGCGUCCACAUCCCAGAUAAAGGAAUUGUCCGUGUCGGGAUGGAUGAGGAUUUUGAAGGGCUCACUGGUCUCCCUGGUCCACUGAAUUGGAAGGCUGGUAGAGGUGAGAGCGUGGAGAGGUGCAGAUACCUUACUGAAGUCCCGGAUGAAACGCCGGUAAAAUCCAGCGAAUCAGUUCCGUACGGGUGGUGGGUUGGGGCCACUCCAACACCGCCUCAAUCUUCUUGGGAUCCGCUCUGAUGCGACCCUUUUCGACGACAACAGAUGUGCGUGGAACUUACAUAUCUCAGCCUCGACAAACAACCGUUUAUUCCAGUAGGCGUUGUAGGACCAGGCGGACACGUAUAGUUGACGUGAGACAAUUCUACUUCCAUAUAAAUGUGUUGGAACAUGAGGGCAAACACUUUUCAGGUGUAAAAUAAACAUGGUCGUCCACAAGUUUUUCUGUCAUUAUAAUUCAUUGUUAGAGGUGUCCAAAAAAUAGACCUAACUUCCUGUUGUCGUCUCUUAAAGGGUCUUGUUAGGGUCUUUAAUUCGGUUUGAAACAAAGUAUGUCACCUAACUUCCUCUAGUCUUUUGAAGGGUCUGUUAGGGUCUUUAACUCUGUUUGAAACAAAGUUUAACUCGGUUUGAACCAAAGUAUGUCACCUAACUUCGUAGUCUAUUAAAGGCUCUUGUUAGGAUCUUUAACUUGGUUUGAAACAAAGUUUAACUGGGUUUGAAGCAAAGUAUGUCACCUAACUUCCUCUAGUCUCUUGAAGGGUCUGUUAGGGUCUUUAACUCGGUUUGAAACAAAGUUUAACUCGGUUCGACACAAAGUAUGUCACCUAACUUCCUCUAGUCUCUUGAAGGGUCUGUUAGGGUCUUUAACUCGGUUUGAAACAAAGUUUAACACGGUUUGAACCAAAGUAUGUCACCUAACUUCGUAGUCUAUUAAAGGGUCUUGUUAGGAUCUUUAACUCGGUUUGAAACAAAAUAUGUCAACUAACUUCCUCUAGUCUCUUGAAGGGUCUGUUAGGGUCUUUAACUCUGUUUGAGACAAAGUUUAACUCGGUUUGAACCAAAGUAUGUCACCUAACUUCGUAGUCUAUUAAAGGGUCUUGUUAGGAUCUUUAACUUGGUUUGAAACAAAGUUUAACUCGGUUUAAAGCAAAGUAUGUCACCUAACUUCCUCUAGACUAUUAAAGGGUCUUGUUAGGGUCUUUAACUCGGUUUGAAACAAAGUAUGUCACCUAACUUCCUCUAGUCUCUUGAAGGGUCUGUUAGGGUCUUUAACUCGGUUUGAAACAAAGUUUAACUCUGUUCGACACAAAGUAUGUCACCUAACUUCCUCUAGUCUCUUGAAGGGUCUGUUAGGGUCUUUAACUCUGUUUGAAACAAAUUUAACUCGGUUUGAACCAAAGUAUGUCACCUAACUUCGUAGUCUAUUAAAGGGUCUUGUUAGGAUCUUUAACUUGGUUUGAAACAAAGUUUAACUCGGUUUGAAGCAAAGUAUGUCACCUAACUUCCUCUAGACUCUUAAAGGGUCUUGUUAGGGUCUUUAACUCGGUUUGAAACAAAGUUUAACUCGGUUCGACACAAAGUAUGUCACCUAACUUCCUCUAGUCUCUUAAAGGGUCUGUUAGGGUCUUUAACUCGGUUUGAAACAAAGUUUAACUCGGUUCGACACAAAGUAUGUCACCUAACUUCCUCUAGUCUCUUAAAGGGUCUGUUAGGGUCUUUAACUCGGUUUGAAACAAAGUUUAACUCGGUUUGACACAAAGUAUGUCACCUAACUUCCUCUAGUCUCCUGGAGGGUCUGUUAGGGUCUUUAACUCGGUUUGAAACAAAGUUUAACUCGGUUUGAACCAAAGUAUGUCACCUAACUUCGUAGUCUAUUAAAGGGUCUUGUUAGGGUCUUUAACUCGGUUUGAAACAAAGUUUAACUCUGUUUGAAACAAAGUAUGUCACCUAACUUCCUCUAGUCUCUUAAAGGGUCUUGUUAGGGUCUUUAACUCGGUUUGAAACAAAGUUUAACUCUGUUUGAAACAAAGUAUGUCACCUAACUUCCUCUAGUCUCUUAAAGGGUCUUGUUAGGGUCUUUAACUCGGUUUGAACCAAAGUUUAACUCGGUUUGACACAAAGUAUGUCACCUAACUUCCUCUAGUCUCUUAAAGGGUAUUGUUAGGGUCUUUAACUCCGUUUGAAACAAAGUUUAACUCUUAAAGGGUCUUGUGUGGAUCUUUAACUCGGUUUGAAACAAAGUAUGUCACCUGACUUCCUCUAGUCUCUUAAAGGGUCUUGUUCGGGUCUUUAACUCUGUUUGAAACAAAGUAUGUCACCUAACUUCCUCUAGUCUCUUAAAGGGUCUGUUAGGGUCUUUAACUCGGUUUGAAACAAAGUUUAACUCGGUUUGACACAAAGUAUGUCACUUAACUUCCUCUAGUCUCCUGGAGGGUCUGUUAGGGUCUUUAACUCUGUUUGAAACAAAGUUUAACUCGGUUUGAACCAAAGUAUGUCACCUAACUUCGUAGUCUAUUAAAGGGUCUUGUUAGGAUCUUUAACUUGGUUUGAAACAAAGUUUAACUCGGUUUGAAGCAAAGUAUGUCACCUAACUUCCUCUAGUCUCUUAAAGGGUCUUUGUUAGGGUCUUUAACUCGGUUUGAAACAAAGUAUGUCACCUAACUUCCUCUAGUCUCUUAAAGGGUCUUGUUGGGGUCUUUAACUCAGUUUGAACAAAAGUUUAACUCGGUUUGAACCAAAGCAUGUUACCUAACUUCAUUUAGUCUCUUAAAGGGUCUUGUUAGGGUCUUUAACUCGUUUUAAACAAAGUUUGAUUUGGUUUGAACUAAAGUAUGUCACCUAACUUCUUCUAGUCUCUUAAAAGGUCUUGUUAGGGUCUUUAACUCGGUUUGAACCAAAGUAUGUCACUUAACCUCAUUUAGUCUCUUAAUGGGUCUUGUUCGGGUCUUUAACUCGGUUUGAAACAAAGUUUAACUCUCUUAAAGGGUCUUGUUAGGGUCUUUAAACUCUGUUUGAACCAAUGUAUGUCACCUAACUUCACCUAGUCUCUUAAAGGGUCUUGUUAGGGUCUUUAAACUCUGUUUGAACCAAUGUAUGUCACCUAACUUCAUCUAGUCUCUUAAAGGGUCUUGUUAGGGUCUUUAAACUCUGUUUGAACCAAUGUAUGUCACCUAACUCCCUCUAGUCUCUUAAAGGGUCGUUUUAGGGUCUUUAACUCGGUUUGAAACAAAGUUUGACUUAGUUUGAACCAAAGUAUGUCACCUAACUUCCCCUAGUCUCUUAAAGGGUCUUGUUAGGGUAUUUAACUUGAUUUGAAACAAAGUUUAAUUCGGUUUAAACCAAAGUAUGUCACCUAACUUCCUCUAGUCUCUUAAAUGGUCUUGUUAGGGUCUUUAACUCGUUUUAAACAAAGUUUAAUUUGGUUUGAACCAAAGUAUGUCACCUAACUUUCUCUAGUCUCUUAAAAGGUCUUGUUAGGGUCUUUAACUCGGUUUGAACCAAAGUAUGUCACUUAACCUCAUUUAGUCUCUUAAUGGGUCUUGUUCGGGUCUUUAACUCGGUUUGAAACAAAGUUUAACUUAGUUUGAACCAAAGUAUGUCACCUAACUUCCUCUAGUCUUUUAAGGGGUCUUGUUAGGGUCCUUAACUCUGUUUGAAACUAAGUGUAAUUCGGUUUAAACCAAAGUAUAACUUCCUCUAGUCUCUUAAAGGGUCUUGUUAGGAUCUUUAACUCUGUUUGAAACAAAGUUUAACUCGGUUUGAACCAAAGUAUGUCACCUAACUUCCUCUAGUCUCUUAAAGGGUCUUGUUAGGGUCUUUAAACUCUGUUUGAACCAAUGUAUGUCACCUAACUCCCUCUAGUCUCUUAAAGGGUCUUGUUAGUGUCUUUAACUCGGUUUGAAACAAAGUUUAACUCGUUUUCAACCAAAGUAUGUCACCUAACUUCAUCUAGUCUCUUAAAGGGUCUUGUUAGGGUCUUUAAACUCUGUUUGAACCAAUGUAUGUCACCUAACUUCAUCUAGUCUCUUAAAGGGUCUUGUUAGGGUCUUUAAACUCUGUUUGAACCAAUGUAUGUCACCUAACUUCAUCUAGUCUCUUUAACUCGGUUUGAAACAAAGUUUGACUUAGUUUGAACCAAAGUAUGUCACCUAACUUCCUCUAGCCUUUUAAAGGGUCUUAUUAGGGUCUUUAACUCGGUUUGAAACAAAGUUUAACUCGUUUUCAACCAAAGUAUGUCACCUAACUUCAUCUAGUCUCUUAAAGGGUCUUGUUAGGGUCUUUAAACUCUGUUUGAACCAAUGUAUGUCACCUAACUUCAUCUAGUCUCUUAAAGGGUCUUGUUAGGGUCUUUAAACUCUGUUUGAACCAAUGUAUGUCACCUAACUCCCUCUAGUCU